UAAGGGAAAUUAGAGAAGGGAGAAAGUGGCAAGGCAAGGCAAUAUGGGCUCAACUGUGAUACCUAUUCCUGAUGAAGAAGGGAUUUCUGUCGUCCAACAGAAAAAGAAAUCCCAGUUUUCUCUUUUACCCAUUAUUUCUUUUCUUAGAGAAAAGAAAAACAAGCAUGACAUGAGAAAAUGGAUUCACAGUAUCAAGGUCGGAGUUGCUCUCGUCUUGGUUUCUCUUCUCUACUUCCUUGACCCUCUCUACAAGGAAGUUGGAGAUGGUAAUGCCAUGUGGGCUAUAAUGACUGUUGUUGUAAUCUUUGAGUUCUACGCAGGUGCUACACUUGGCAAGGGCUUAAAUCGUGGAAUGGGAACUAUACUAGGUGGUGGAUUGGGAUGUUUAACAGCAACUUUAGCUCAAGAAGUUGGUGGGAUUGGCAAGUCCAUUAUUGUUGGCACUUCUAUGUUAAUAUUUGGUGGAGCAGCAACAUAUUGUAGAUUGACUCCAAGCAUUAAAAUAAGAUACGACUAUGGAGCAAUGAUAUUCAUCCUUACCUUCAGUCUAGUAGCGGUAUCUGGUCUGCGUAUUGACAAGGUCAUUGAUAUAGGGCGUGAAAGGCUGUUGAUGAUAGUUUUGGGUUUUGUCAUCUGCCUUUUCACUAGCUUAUUCAUCUUUCCCAUAUGGGCUAGUGACGAGCUUCAUGAUUCUACCAUCUCCAAAUUCGAUGCCCUUGCCACCUCUAUUCAAGGAUGCUUGGAGGAAUAUUUUAGACUUGACAGUGAAAAGGAAAGUAAGCCAAUCGCCAGCUUCAGCAAAUGCAAAGCGGUUCUCAACUCCAAGUCCAAGGAUGAAUCCUUGGCAAAUUUUGCGAGAUGGGAACCAUGGCAUGGUAAAUUUGGGCUAUCUCACCCUUGGGAGAAGUACCUAAAGAUAGGAGAGGAACUUAGAGAAUUAGCAGCUACCAUUCUUUCACUUAAAGCUUGUCUUGAGUCCCCUAGAGUGCGCUUGCAAACUCUGAGACAAUCGAUCAAAGAACCAUGUGAAGUGGUGGGGUCAUCACUGGCAUCGACUUUAAGGGAGCUUGGAGAAAGCAUCAAGAAAAUGAGAAAAUGCCAGGCGGAAAUACUAAUAGUGCCAAAGUUGAAAUCAGUGAGAAUAGAGCUGAGUAACGUCACAUCUCCUUCCAAGUUGGCACAACUAGAAAAUGCUGAUGGACUAGCAAUAGCAAGCUUCGUGUUCUCUUUGAUAGGCAUGGUGGAGAAGCUGGAAGAAUUGGCGAAGGAGGUAGAAGAACUUGGAGAACUUGCUCAUUUCCAUAGCUAAUUGAAGGGUAACCAUAUAUUUAUAAUAUAUCGCAAAGAACCAUUUGCCAUUUUGGGGCUUUGGUCAGCGUAUAUAUGCAUAUAUGCAUCUGCCUAAGAGAGAAGUUAUUAAAAAAAAAAACAAAAUACCUCUUAAGUGUACUUGAGAAAUUAUCUCGAGAGGGAUCUAGGAGGGCUUAUUAAUUAUGACUUAUGAGUAUUAAAUGGCGAGGAAUAUGCUACAUCAUAUAUGAUGUUGUAUACAUAUCCUGUAAAUUUAA